AUGCCUUCCUCAAAAACAGUUUCAAUGCUUUUGGCUACCUUUGGUUUUGUCAUUUAUUCUGUCGGAUUGUUAAAUCUUGUUGAAUCUACUACUAGAAUAAUUGAAGUUGGACGAGGCAAGCACAAAUUGGAGGGUGAUAAUGUGAUUCUGAGUGAUGGUUCGAGGAUUGCUGGAAGGGAGGAUAUCAACAGAAGAGUCGUUCAAUCAACAAGGGAAUCCUGUGAUUUGCACAUUGAUUACAACAACAAUAUAGUUUUGCACUUUCGGAAGGAUGAAAAUUGUACUGUGGACUUAAUUGUUGAAGAUUCGGAUAUUUUAAACCCUCACAACCCUCACGAUACUUCACAUGUCGCUGAAUUCACACUAGGAUUAUAUCAUCACAACUCAUUAUCUAAUUGUUUAAUGAAUUGUUCUGGUUUUGAAUCGUUUUAUGAGAAAAUUUUGUAUGUAAUAUAG